CAUCUCUAGAUUCUCCACAGCCCACUGUGAAUCGGACCAAUCGGUGCUUCCCUUCACUCCUUCAGCUCUCACCUCUCACCUCUCACCGACUCUGGUCACUCUGCUACUCACCGUGCCUACUCUACUCUCUCGGUCGACUCACCUUCAUAGAAUCACAGCGAUACCCUUCAACUCUCGACAUCUCACGGACAGACGGACUCACUCACGGUGCCAUCGGCCCAUCACUACAGCCCUUGGCCCUUGCUGCCCUGCAACUCUCCGCUCACCUCCAGCUGAGCUACAAGGCUGCUGCUGGGUCGGCUCAACCAGCCCGUCACUGCAAGUCAGCACCGCUCACCUCCACCUCCAGCUCCUCCAAGGCUGGGUCGUCCUCUUUCAGAUGAGCAAAAUUUGAUUUAUAUACUUUCAAUUUCAAGUUGCUAUAUGGUUCCAAAACAAUUACUUACGUUGAGUUGAUGUAUUGGACCUCUAGAGGGGAAAAAAGGGUUCUCAACUUUGAACUUUGGCAUGCAUGUGCGGGACCUCUUGUUUCUCUACCUCCUGUUGGAAGUAGGGUUGUUUAUUUCCCACAGGGUCAUAGUGAACAGAUGGUAUGUGUAUGUGUAUCAACUUGCGCUUGCUACAUGAAGAAUGCAUUUUGAAUAUCUUUUCAUUUUCUAUGGUGAUGAAUUUUAAUUUAAAAUAUAUAUGACUACAAUUU